UUUUUAACCAGCUCUCAGCUCCGUGAACGUUCACUACCGAGUGGAGCGCAGCAGAGCGCAGUCAGCCCGUCGUGUCUCUACCCGAGGCCGGAUGGUAAAAUCCAACCUCCAGCGGAUCCUAAACAGUCAUUGCUUUGCUCGCGAGAAAGAAGGAAAAACGCAGCCUCUUACUAUCAUGGCGAAUUUGAGUAGCGGUAUUUGUGACAUGAUUGGGAACCUUUCCCUGCACUGUAGUAGUACCCGCGGCCCGGGGCCUCUGUGGUGCUCCGAUGCCCCUCUCCCACCCCUGAAGAUCCCAGGUGGGCGAGGGAAUGGCACACGGGAUCACACUCCUUCAGCUCGACUGCUCUACUCAGAUCGAAAGUUGACUGUAACGGAGGAACCGCCAGGGAACGGUCGCCCUGGGAUACUCCACUUCCAAAGUCGUCCUACCGUUACCAAGACAAUACAGUGGGAUGCUGUCCUAAGCAGCAGUGCACUCUACGUGGAGAUACCUCUGGACCCUCUUCCUGAUGGCAGCAAGGAGAGUUUCGCAGCUCUCUUGGAGUAUGCUGAAGAACAUCUGAAAGUCGUUAGCGUGUUUGUCUGCUUUUACAAGAACAGAGAUGAUCGUGCUAAACUGGUGCGUACCUUCAGUUUCCUGGGCUUUGAGAUUGUGAAACCAGGCCAUGCCCUCGUCCCACCUCGACCCGACGUUUUCUUCAUGGCCUACAACUUUGACAGGGACUCCUCAGACGAGGAGUAGCCCGCCGGACAACCUCCCCUGCUUACGUCUUUUGUUUUCCUUACUAUUGUAUGGUUUCCCCCAUUCAGUCGCAGCUUACUCACAUACCGUCUGUGUUAAACCCUGGGCUGUAGCUCUAUAUGCAAGUACUUACCUCCCCAUGCUUUUUGUGUUUAAGGGAAUAAAUUGUAAGCUGUGUGUCUUCUGUUUUCAGCAUCUAUCCUUUGAGGGGGGUUUUUUGUUUUAUGUUUUUUCAUAGUGUUUUCCAUUUAGUCGUUUUAAAAGGAGGGAUUUUCUUUUUUGACUUAAUGCAGUUGUCAUGGCUUUUAGGUUAAAGUCUAUUUCCUUUCACAAUUGAGUUGGAGCAGUCUUUUGUUGAAUGUACAACAAAAAAAGUCAUCAGGUUUACACUCGGGUACUCCAGCUUUCUUUUGAUUGGCUAAAAAAAAAUACAUUAAACUUCUCCCCAUAUCUCUAUGUCCACCCCCCCUCUCUGAAUUGAUUUGAAAAAAAAAACACCUUUCAACAGGACCAGUUUCAUUUUGCAGCACCAAUAUCCUUCUGGUAAUAUUGUGGAUUUGGAAACUUUUAAGCCACACUCCUGAUAAUUGGUACUUUAGAGCUGGAUAAUGAAUCCAUUUCAAGUAGAAGUGGAGCGAAAAAAGAUGAAAGCUACUGCAUGUGUCUGAUGUAAGUGCUUCAGUUUCAAGUUAAACAUCUUGUGGAGCAUAUUGGUACAAAACGCAAAAAGGAAAGUGAAUAAUCCAAAGUGCUUUUGCUUCUUUCUGCCAUGUAGAUCUGACAAUAUUGUGAAAGUUUGUUUUUGAAGGAUGUAAUGUUUGGAUUUUUCUUUUUCUCAGAUAAGCAUUCCUUUUUAACUUUUAUUUUCAUGAUAGUAUUGAAUUUGUUGUUCACCUGCAUAGUGGUACCUGUUGUGCUUCUGUGAUAAUAAAACAACAAAACUGAU